AUGAGCAGCAAGCGACGGAAUGCAUUGCUUACCAUUGACUUGAGUCUUGUUCCGCCGGAUUCUGAAUUUGGACGGAAGUUGGUAGAAGAACGAGAAGAAAAACCACCAACGGAUGCCGAAUCCACUUAUGGAGGUAAAUGUAUGGAAGCUCCGGGAUUUCAAAGAGAGAAGUCACUCUUUUCAAGAAUUAUUUGCUGUUCUGAUGCUGCUUAUAACCGCAUGAUUUUCACAAUAUGUUCAGUGUUAAUAGUAAUUGGACGUUCAACUACUUUAGGGGUCUUCGGAAUGUCGGGAACGAAUACAGGAACUUCAACCGGAGAACCGGUAGCAAAAUCUCCUGUCAUGACAAGAAUGGCAGCAUUCAGAUCAGGAGCUGUCGGCUCGGGAAGCGUUGGAGCCGCGCCAUCUCUCGGUUCUCUGUCGGUGGCGACAACAACUCCAUCUUCAUCCUUUUUGACACCAAGUACAUCGAAUUUGACUUCAGCAGCCUCGCGGCCACCCUCAAUUUUCAACCCGGGAGGUACCACUGGAUUUGGAUCCACGACAAAUACCACUACCGGAGGUUCACUUUUCGGAUCAACGCUCUCAAAACCCACCACUGGUGGACUAUUCGGAUCUAGUACUUCAACAUUCGGUGGACUUGGAUCAACUCAGCAGCAACAUCAGCAGCAGCAGUCGGUUGUCCAGCAACAACAAGUUGUUCAGCAAUACCAUCCAUUCGUGAAAGCAUGCGGAGAUCCAAAAAUUCUUGGAAACGACAACGAUGGAAUGAUUGCGAAGCUGAAUCAAGUCGCAGCAUCUCUCGGCGUUGGAAAGGCUCCAUAUAAAGACGGAAAUCAGAUUCAAACGUUCACAAUGGAAGGCAACUUAUUCGAAAAGUUCAAAGGAAUCGGAUAUAACAAAAUUUCGGAACGAACAGACGACGAGGGACAUGUCACUUUAGUUUUGAAACAUCCGAUCGCUAACUUUAACACAGAAGAGCGAAAAGAUAAGAUUCUAGAGGUUAUUAAGACAAUUCUGGCCAGUGGACCUAAUGUCGAAGUUCGUUAUGCUCCGGGAAGCUCUAUGCGAUCACUCCCAGACGGAUUCACUGAGAUUUGUAUAAUUGCCAAAGAAGGAGGUUUCGUGGCGAGCGCCAUCAAAUUAGCCCAAGCUCUCAAUGACACUCCCAAGCUGACACAACUCGAAGCACAAUUGCAAGUCGAUAAAGCAAGAGUUCUUCCGAAAGUUGGAAUGUCGAAAGCACAACGUGAUCGUUAUUUGGAGACUGUCCCAGAUGGCUACGAUGAGCAGAUUUGGAAACAGGCAAUUAGGGAAAAUCCUGCGCCAAAGAAAUUGCUUCCGGUUCCAGUUCGUGGAUGGGAAGCCCUGAGAGAGCGACAAAGGGCUCAAGUCGGAGAAUCGAAACUUUUCAAUGAAGCAAUUCAAUCUCUCGUUGAUCGAGUUGAAUUCACUUCGAAUGAGCAUGCACGAGCACUUAUUUCAAUGGAGAAUAUUCGCAAUCGGCACAAAACACUUUCUUAUCGAAUCAUUCGCAUUCUUCUCGCUCAAUGGAUUGCUGCCCGUUUCUCUCGUAAUGUCGACGCCGAUGAAUCUGCUAUCGAAGGAAGAUGCGAUACGCUUGCCCAAAAAAUCAACCGCGAAUAUCAAGUUCAGUUCUUCGUUGAUCAGUUUUACCAAAUCUUGGAAACGAAACCUGAUAAAUUACAAGAAUCAAUGUGGACGAUGUUUGAUAUGACAAUGGAGGAUGAGCAUUAUGCUCGUAAAGUGCUCACUAAGUUCGUCAACAUUUGCUGCGGGCUCUUCGAAAAGUCAAACGAACAAAUUGAGAGCCUCGAAGCAUGUCGACGUGCUCUUGAAGGAUAA